AUGUUAUCGAGUCUCACUCGCAAGCCGUUGGACCACCCACUUGGUUUCCUUGUGGCAAUUUCUGGCAUGUUAAUGCAGCUCAUGUCGUAUGGUAUUGACAACAGCUAUUCUAUCUUCUCUGAUGAUAUGCACAACGAUGCCUCUCUUGGCUAUCCAUCCAUUACGGCCAUAAGUCUCGGCAAUUCCGUCUCACUUGGUCUCUCCCCUGCCUUUGGUGUACUCGCCGGCUUCGUCGUUGAUCGCGUGCCAUCACGUUUGAUGAUGGCGGUGUCUACUGUCAUGUUAUUCGCCGGACUUUGGAUAAGCUCCAGUUUUGCCAGCAGCGUUACGGCUGUUACCUUCUCGUACUGUUUGCUGGCGUCCAUCUCCUCUGCCUGCAUGCUUUCACCUGGUGCUGCAGCGACAAGUUCAUGGUUUAAGCGUUAUCAAGGCCUCGCUAUGGGUAUCAACUUUAGCGGUGGCGGUGUUGGAAGUGCUAUUAUUCCAUCACUUGCUGGUAAGUGGGUUGUGAUGUAUGGCUGGCGCAAGACAUUUCGUUUAAUGUCUGCGUUCUGUGCUAUUGGGGUGUUGGCAACCAUUUUAUCAGCAAAGCGGGAUCCCGACACACCGUCUACGGAGUCCGGUGAGCCAAUGAACGAUAUGGACAGAGAAGAAGAGCAACAACAUGAACAGGUGGAAGAGGAAAGAGAGGAGAAUGUACAUCCCAACAGUAAUACCAGCAGUGAAAGUGAAGUGACGGAAGCUGUGCGUGGUAUACAUACACACAAACUCACUCCCUGGGAGCUCUUUGUCUCACUUUUCAGUAAAGCCUUUAUGGGGAACUUUAUGUGUUGGCUCAUCUUUAGUUGGGCCUUCUAUUCACUCAUCUACGUGGCUGUACCGUAUGUGUCCUCUAUGGGUAAACCAGGGACUGUGUACGCAGAUGAGGUUCCCAUCCCAACCGACACAGCUUCCACCGUGUUUGUGUUCUACGGUGUAUUUCAAAUCAUCGGAUCCAUCUUGGUUGGAUGGUUGGCCACACUCACAACAGAUGAAUUUGCAUACAUGGCCUGUGCUACGGUUGGUGGACUUGGCUGUGCUUUUCUCGCCUUCUGUCGCAGUUACAUCUCCUUCGCACUUCUUCUCUGUGUGAUUGGUUUCUGCAUGGCUGGGAUGUUUGCCGUGAUGCCGGCGCUGGUGGCGAAGCGGUUGUAUGGACCCAAUCUCGGCUUCUACAUGGGCGCUGUGUUUCUCGCCGGUGUUGUUGGCGGCUUCUCGGCGCCGCCCAUUCAGGCCGAACUGCAGCAGCGCAACUAUGGGAACUACUCGUAUGUGUGUGUCUUCAUGAGUGCCUGCAUGUCCGCAGCGGCCGCGGUGUGCUACUUCACAAUGUGGAAGGACAAGGCAACGCGGAUUGUGAGUGCAGCAGCAGCAACAAAAUUGGAGUGGAACUGA